AUGCAUUGUGUUGGAUACAAUACAAUACAUGUUGUCACAAAUCCCGAUCGUGGUUCUUGGUCUUCGAAACUAGAUUUCAUUUUGUCCGUCGUUGGAUUGGCCAUCGGCUUAGGGAAUGUGUGGCGUUUUCCAUAUUUGUGUUACAAAAAUGGUGGCGGUGCCUUUCUAAUACCAUAUUUAGUUGCACUGUUCUUAGCUGGAAUUCCAAUGUUUUUCAUGGAGUUAGCUUUAGGACAAAUGUUAACUAUUGGAGGAUUAGGAGUUUUUAAGAUAACCCCUAUUUUCAAAGGCAUAGGAUAUGCUGCUGCCGUUAUGUCAUGUUGGAUGAAUGUGUAUUACAUAGUAAUUUUAGCGUGGGCCGCUUUCUACUUGGUUAUGUCGAUGCGGACCGAUGUGCCAUGGCGUAAUUGCAAUAACACUUGGAAUACAUAUAAAUGCGUAAAUCCAUAUGCUAGAAAACAAAUUAAGUGUUGGGAAACAAACGAUAUCAAUUAUAAUUCCAAAGUAUGCUCCAUUAAUGAAGUCAAUGUUUCAAUGUCAGAUAUUGCGGACCCCGUAAAAGAAUUUUGGGAACGCCGAACAUUGAAUAUUUCAUCGGGGAUAGAUGACUUAGGUGCUAUCCGUUGGGAGCUUGCAGGGACGCUACUCCUAGUGUGGAUAUUAUGUUACUUCUGUAUAUGGAAAGGAGUUAAAUGGACUGGAAAAGUUGUAUAUUUUACCGCGUUGUUUCCCUAUGUACUAUUAAGCAUACUUCUAGUUCGAGGCGUUACUUUACCUGGAGCAUUAGAUGGGAUUAAAUUUUACAUUAUUCCUAACUUUUCAAAACUGACAGAGUCCCAGGUUUGGAUUGACGCUGUCACGCAAAUAUUUUUCUCAUAUGGAUUAGGUUUGGGAACUCUAGUUGCGUUAGGUAGUUAUAAUAAAUACACAAAUAAUGUUUACAAGUACGCAUUAUUUAUAUAUAGUUUUUAA